AUGAAGCGCAAGACAGCUUCCGGUGAGGCCCUGAACGGCAAUGGCCAGCCAGACUCCAAGAAGCGCGCUCUGUCCGGCGAGGAAGCCGAGGCGCGUUUUCGUCCUGGCUUGUUUGAGUCCGCCGAACUACAGAAGUACACCAAGGAAUACGCCCAGUCCGCUCCGUACAAGCACGGCGUUAUCUGUCCCCUGAUCGAACCCUCCUUGCUGCGAUCGGUACGCGAGGAAAUCCAGGCCCAUCUGGACUUCACCGAGAAAGAGACCGACAUCUACAAAAUCUUCCAGUCGGGCGACCUCGCGAACCUCGACGGCCUCGAUGACGACUCCCUGUCCAAGCUUCCCUCCCUGUUAAAGCUCCGCGACGCCAUGUACUCCGCCCGGUUUCGGGAGUACAUCUCUGGCGUGACCAACUCCGGCAAAUUGAGCGGCCGCAAGACCGACAUGGCCAUCAACAUCUACAACGAGGGUUGUCACCUGCUCUGCCACGACGACGUCAUUGGCAGCCGUCGCGUCAGCUACAUCCUCUAUUUGACGGAUCCCGACACCCCCUGGCAGGCCGAAUGGGGUGGCGCCCUGCGCCUGUAUCCCACCACGACCAAGAAAGACGCCAAGGGCGACGACGUCAAGAUUCCCAGCCCCGACUACAGUCUGAGCAUCCCGCCUGCCUUCAAUCAGCUCAGCUUCUUCACCGUGCAGCCCGGCGAGAGCUUCCACGACGUCGAGGAGGUGUACCACCCGAAGGAGGGCGAGGAUAAGUCCAAGAAGCGCGUGCGCAUGGCGAUCAGCGGCUGGUUCCACAUCCCCCAGAGGGGGGAGGACGGCUUCGAGGAAGGUCUGGAGGAGAAGCUCGCGGAGCGCAGCAGUUUGGCCCAGCUGCAGGGCCGCGGCGAUAUCUACGACCUCCCGCAGCCGCAGCCGGUGGUGUGCGAGCCCGAAUCGACACCCGAGACCAGCGACAAGGGCAAGGGGAAGGCCAAGGUGGAGGAAGAGCCCGCCACCAUGGAGUUCACCGAGUCCGACCUCAACUUCCUGAUCCAGUACAUUGCGCCGACGUACCUGACGCCAGACAUCGCGGAGGAGAUGUCCGACACCUUUGCCAACGAGUCAUCGCUCAACCUGGAGCAGUUCCUGUGCGAAAAGUUUGCCGCCCGCGUGCGCUCUUACAUCGAAGCGCAAGAGAAGACGGCGCUGCCCGUCUCGUCGGACGAGAUCCACUCCCAGACGGGCUGGACCGUCGCCCGGCCCCCGCACAAACAGCGCUACAUGUACCUGCAGCACUCGACGGAGAUGUCGAGCGACCCGUCUCCGAUCGAGGAGCUCCUGCACACUGUCUUCCCGUCGCCGCCCUUCCGCAAGUGGCUGGCGUUGGCUACGGGCGCCGACCGGAUCUCGUCGUACGAUUUCCUGGCGCGUCGCUUCCGACGCGGUCAGGACUACACGCUUGCCAGCGGCUACGAUGGCGAGGAGCCCCGUCUGGAGUUCACGCUGUGUCUGACCCCAACGCCGGGGUGGGAGAAGGAAGCCGAGGACGAGGACGAGGAGGAAGAAGAGGAGGGCGAGGGUGCAUCCGCGCUGUCCAAGCCGAAGAAGGAGGCGACAGACGGUGCAGAGGAGCCGGCUGUGGGUGGCUACGAAAUCUACAUGGCGGGCGACGACGAGGAUGACGGCGACGCAGCGAUCUACCGGUCCGCAGGGGCGGACGAAGACGACGGGAUUCUGUUCAGCACGGCGGCGGGCUGGAACCGGAUGAGCAUUGUGCUGCGCGACCGCGGCACGCUCAAGUUCGUCAAGUAUGUCAGUGCGGCGGCGCAGGGCGACCGGUGGGACGUUACGGGUGAGUUGGGGGUAGAGUUUGGCGACGACGAUGGGGAGGAGGAGGAUGAUGAUGACGAGGAGGAAAAUGACGAUGCAGAGUGA